CGGGGUCGCCGGCCGGUUGUGCGGGCUUUGCCGCAGCACGGCGGCGGGCGGCCGGAUCCUGCAGAGCCCGGAGAGCUGCCCGUGUCGGGCCUCGUUACGUCCCCGCGUUUCUCUGCUAGCUCGGUAUCUGCGAGCGCGGCACCUGCCUUCUGCUGUGCGAGGUGACAGUGCGGGUCUCACUCAGAAAUAACGCUGGUUGUUGUUCACCGUCCUUUUGCAUCCGGCUUUACCCAGCCCUGGAAUCUGUGCAGUGAAAUUAGGGGCCUAUGUUUGGGGUCCCUUUCUCUGCACCCCAGCUCGAAGGGGGGCACGAAGGGCAGUGCGGGGGCUGGCUGGCCCCGGUGCUCCCCCCCGCUUGCAGGCUGCACUAGAGGCCAUAGGCGAGAGGGAAGUGCAGCUUGUGCGGUUCGGAGGUUUCUGCUUUCUGCCGUCGUCCAGCAACUGCUGGAAGACAGACGGGAGCCGAGUCCCCGGCACGAUGAGCCCUGGAGCUGCAGCGCUGGGCGCAGCGAUGCCCCGUUGGGCUCCUGCGAGACAACAGCGAGGCAGACGCUGGCGGGAGGAGGCCGCGUACGCCGCGGGGGAGGCGGAAAACAGGCUGUUCCCAGCUCUCCCCCAGUUCACAGCUUUCAGCGGUUGUUGCAUUUUGUUUUGCUUUCUAACAUGUGCAAGUCAUCUAAUCUCGCAGUGCCAGAAGUGCUGCAAAGUAGUACAGAAAAAGAAGUACAGAAGUGCUUUCCCAGCAUGAAACCAGGGGAUGCAACCUGUGGAAGAGCUGAAUUUAACAUCCUUUCCGUAAAACCAAACCUCACCCAGCUCUGCCUGUUGUAGCUAGGAAUAUGAUCUAGAAAUCACCAACAAUGGUCCCAUCACAACGGGAGCUCAAGCUACUGUUCGUGCCAGUCUAAGUAUGAAGAAUGACAGUAUCACCUCAAACUUGUAUCAUUUUAACUGGAUUUAUGCUCCUCUGAUUCUCAUUGAGAAGUCAGAGCAGCAAUUUCACUCCCUGAUCAAUGUGACCGGUGAAUUUCCUGGCAUUUUUCCUGUAUCUGUCUGGGUGACUCACAGAAACUGCUGGUUGUGUCGGCCUGUUGCUAGAAAUGUCACCAUACUGCACAUCACAGAAUUUAUCACGGGGAGUCUUACCAUUGCCCAGAUAGAAGGCAGUGCGUUUAUCAAGCAAGGUUCGAGCUCGUCCACGGACACUGUGACCCGGAUUUCUUUCUGGCUUCAUGACCCAAGUGAUUACUUCAAGUCAGCAUCAUUUGUCUACAACUGGGACUUUGGGGAAGGGCUGUAUCAGAUUACCAAGGAGCCCUUUGUCUACUAUAACCAUUCUGCCGUGGGGAACCGCACGGUCCAUCUCAAAGUGAUAGCUGAAUGGGAGCAAAUUGGAAACAUCAUACAUGAAAGGGAAACUGUGCAGAAAACUGGCGAUUUUACCACUGCUCUGGAGCUGUUAGAUGCUGUAAAAAGUAUUAAUGUAGUUGGCUCCAGAGAGACUCACGUAAUGGAAAACUUGAAUUUAUCUCUUCAUAUCAAUGGCAGCCCACCGCUGGCAUUAUGCUGGCUUAUAAAGGCCGAGUGCAUUCCGCUUGAAGGUGAAAAAUGCCAUCUGGUGGAGAUUAACGGUUCGUGCUACAAUCUGAGCCAUACCUUCCGCGCCGCCGGCCAGUACUGCCUCAGCGUCAGGGUGCAGAACGGCGUGACCAUGUUGCAGACAUACCAUGAAAUAAAAGUGUGGCCAACAGGGAUCCAGCCGGCUUUCUUCAUCCUGCUCUGCAUCGCCCUGGUUUCAGUGGUGCUAGGACUGGUGCUGUACACGACUUUCCGAAGUAACACACAGCAGAAAGAUCUCGUGGAGGUAGCUGACUUUGACUUCUCUCCACUGUCUGACAAAAACCUGCCUUCUGCUUCGGAGUCAGGCUGUGGCCAAGUAUGUUGCAGAUCAUGUUGUCUUCGGUCAUCUCAAGAAACCGCCAGGGAGAGUCAUGAACUUCUACUGUCUUUUUACAAGCCAGUCAAAACUUACACAGUGUGAAGAAUACAGUUUCACUUUGGUUGCACUAACUGCUGAAUUUAACUAUCCCACUUAUGAUGAGUUAAAAGCUCAGGGCUGCAUGGAUGGUUUCUUUCUGCCAAUGCAAUGAGGUUAACCACUUUACUAGGUCAAGCACAUGAGUGUUUCAUUGUGUGAUCUGAGAAAGAAAGAAAGAACCUGAAACACAGUAAAAGUAGCUUCAUAUUUUUAAAUUAUAUGGGUGUAUACAUUUACAGCUGUAAAUGCAACAUUUUAUUAUUAUGAAAGAUUAUUUUAUGCGCAGGUUUGCUAACUCACUACCUUUGUAAUUUGUCUGGUCCUUCUGCUGUUUGUUUCAAAGAGGAAAAUGCUUAAGACAAACAUACCUCUCUUUCUUAUGUUACAACAAUAUUACCGGAAAUACAAGUCAGCCAAAACGCUGUUGAAUGUAUAUUUGUUCCAAAAAGGAACUGACUUUUCCGGGUUGAGAAGAGCUUUAGCCUACAUGCUUCCAAUGAACCAGACUAUCCAA